AUGAUAACAGAAGACAUAGGCAAAUAUGGUGAUAUCAUAGCUAUUUCAGCGGUGGCCACGCUGACCGCUGACCCUCCCGAUGGCAUCAAAGUCUUCCCCAAUGAGGAGGACCUCACCGACCUGCAAGUCACCAUCCAGGGGCCUGAGGGCACCCCCUAUGCAGGAGGCCUGUUCCUCAUGAAGCUCCUGCUAGGGAAGGACUUUCCUGCCUCUCCGCCCAAGGGCUUCUUCCUAACCAAGAUCUUCCAUCCCAAUGUGGGUGCCAAUGGGGAUAUCUGUGUCAAUGUGCUCAAGAGGGACUGGACAGCCAAGCUGGGCAUCCGGCACGUGCUGCUGACCAUCAAGUGCCUGCUGAUCCACCCAAACCCUGAGUCAGCCCUCAACGAGGAGGCAGGCCGGCUACUGCUGGAGAACUAUGAGGAGUACGCAGCAUGGGCCCGCCUGCUCACGGAGAUCCAUGGCGGUGCCCCAAGCACAGCCGCGGCACCCUCAGGGGCCCCAGCCACCGCUGCGGGUGUGGGGGGUGCUGAGGGGCCCAUGGCCAAGAAGCACGCAGGUGAGCGGGACAAGAAGCUGGUGGCCAAGAAUUUAGACACAAUGAAUGUAAAAGUUUAG